AUGUCGCUGUUGCCAGAUGAGAUUCUGGCUCAGAUUCUUUCUCGGUUGCCUGUUAAGACUCUUCUCCGUUUUAGAUGCGUAUCUAAAUCCUGGUGUAUCCUAAUCAGAAGUUCCCAUUUCGUAAAAUUGCAUCUGAACCGAGCAGUUCAAACCAGGAUCAACCUCCGUCUUUUUCUGUGGACAAACAAUCUUUAUCAUGCGGAUUUUGAUUCUCUCAACGAAGGUGUUCUUCAACGUGUGGCGGUCGAUUACAUUCCGUCGAAAUGUCCUUUGAUGGCUUUGAUUAUGAAAUUGCGCUAUGCUGAUUAUGUUUGUGGAAUUACGUUUUGUGGGUCCUGUGAUGGAUUACUCUGCGUCUUUACUUGUCGAUUCGGUUACGAUAGCACUAAUGAUGAUUAUAAGGUUGUGAGACUUGUGUUUCCUCUAAUAGAUGCUCAUUUUAAAAGAUACAUUACAUCUUAUGAAGUGAAGGUUUAUAGUUUCAAAUCAAAUUCGUGGCAUAGGUCUGAAACGUCUCCUGACCAUCCGAAGUUGGAGAGCAUUGGAGAUUCAAUAGUUUGUGGAGCAAUGCACUGGAUCUCGGAUGUGGAAUUGAAUUCAGAAAGGAAAAGUUCGAUUGUUGCCUUUGAUCUCGGGACUGAGAAAUAUCGAAUAAUUCCACAUCCAGAGUACAUUGGUCCUCAUUUCGGUUUAAAGUUGGACAACUUAGGUGGAUGCCUUUCGCUAAGUUGUCAUUACGAGUCAUCGUUUGUGGAUGUAUUUUUGCUUAAGGAAUAUGGUGGGAAAAAUGAAUAUUGA